GGUUUGAAAUGUCUGAACCAAAGAAAAGAUCUUCCUUUCAAGCCAAGAAACCCUCCAAAAACCACAAGAGAAAGACUUUCCAGCUAAACCGUCUCCCUGGUCUGUUGUCUGAGGAUUUGAAAACUAUGAGAAAACUUCGUUUCGUAGUGAGUGAUCCAUACGCUACUGACUACUCAUCCAGCGAAGAAGAUGAAACGUGUCAGACAAGGAAACGUUAUGUCUGCGAGAUCGACCGUCCUUUCUCUCAAGCCACUGCUCAAUCAGAAUCCGAGAGCUCGUCUUGUCAUAACGGUGGAAGCAAAGCCAAAAUCACCCAUGUCGUUGGACGAUCUAGUGUCAGGAAGCCUGUUGGUGUAAGGCAGAGGAAAUGGGGCAAAUGGGCUGCCGAGAUUAUACAUCCAAUCACCAAAACAAGAACUUGGUUGGGUACUUACGAGACCCUUGAACAAGCAGCUGAUGCUUAUGCUGCUAAGAAACUCGAGCUUGAUGCUUUGUCUGCUGCCACUUCCUCUGUUUUGUCUGAGAAUGCCCUGUCAGAUGACUCAGCUUCAGGGUCUAACGUUGAAGCUGUGUCAAGCAUUGAUCUUGAUAAGAAGUUGAUAGACUUUAACUUGGCAGAUCUACCGAUUCCAGAUAUGGGUUGCUUCAUUGAUGAGUCACUGAUCUCAAAUGCAUGUAAGCUUGAUUUUCACUUACCAGAAGAGAGUGACCAGUUCUUAAAUGACAUGAAAUUCAUUGGUCUUGAACGUGACGGUCCAAGCAACCUUCCAGACUAUGAUUUCUCCGACGUGGAGUUCGAUCUUGGUCUCGUUGGAAACAUUGACAACAGGUUUAAUUUCUUCGAUCAUCUCGCAACAACAACUACAACUCCACUUAAUAUCGCGUGCCUAUAAGUUUUGAAGCUAGGUGUUAUUAUGAGUUAUAGGAGCCAAAGUAAAAUGCUAUGUUUUUUUUUGUUCGGUUUUUGUCCAAGUUAUUACAGUAUAGCGGAGGUAGUUAACCUCAGGGGAAGCAAAGAGAUAAGUUUUGCGUGUUUGGUGUUGCGAAAAAGUUUUGUUGACAUAAUAGUUUUGAUGUUGUAGAGAAGAUGAGAGAGGUGAGAUUGAAAUUCUAAUCGUUAUUUAUGUGAAACCUAGUUUAUUGUUUUGUGAUUUCUU